UAGUGUUUGCGAAGGCUGUGUAGUUCAUACUUUGUAGGCAAAUCUGAUAAUUGUUGUGGAGUGGUGCCGUGGUGGUGCAAUGGCAGGAGUGGUGGUUGUGGUCUUCGACUUUGAUAAGACAAUCAUCGACUGUGACAGUGAUAAUUGGGUAGUGGACGAGUUUGGUCUCACUCACUCGUUCAAUCAACUCUGUCCUUCCAUGCCUUGGAACACUCUCAUGGACAAGAUGAUGAUGGAGAUGCAUUCUCUGGGAAAGACAAUGGAGGAGGUUGCAGAGUGUUUGAAGCUGGCUCCGAUUCACCCGAAUAUGAUCUCUGCUAUCAAGUCAGCAUACAAUUCUGGGUGUGAUUUGAGGAUACUGAGUGAUGCAAAUACUUUCUUUAUUGAGACAAUACUGAAGCACCAUGGAUUAAUGGAUUGUUUCUCUGAGAUCAACACAAACCCGAGCUUUGUCGAUGAAUCUGGGAGGCUUAGAAUCUUACCAUACCAUGAUUUCAACUCUUCUUGUCAUGGUUGUAGUAUCUGCCCUCCCAACAUGUGCAAGGGUAUGGUGAUUGAGAGGAUCAGAGCAUCUGUUUCCGCGGAGCGCAAGAAAAGGUUCAUCUACCUUGGCGAUGGAGCCGCGGACUUUUGUGCAGGAUUAAAGCUUAAUGAAGAAGACUGUUUUAUGCCAAGAAAGAAUUUCCCAAUCUGGGAGCUCAUUCAAACUAACCCAAUUCUUGUUAAAUCUGGUAUUCAUGAAUGGAGUGACUGGGACGAGCUUCGUACUAAGCUUCUCAACUUGACCGACACGAUCAUCGUCGAAGAGAAGUGCUGCAAUUUGGGGUCUGAAGAGCUGGUUCCUCCGGAUUGCAAGUUCCAUACCAGUUCCAUGUCUACUACACAUGAAACCUUUAGUCAUGUCCUCCCUGUUCCUCACUAAUUGGAUAGAAAGAACUUUUUUGUUCACAUUCAGUGGUUCAUGUUAAUUGCAAUAAAGUAUAAUUUGAUUGAAGAAAACAUGAUUCUAUGGACCA